UUCUACAAUACUCUGAAUAGCACAAAGUGGUUAGAUGUAAAGACAAGAAAUACACUAUUUGAAACCAUAAAUUUUUUAAAAUUUAUUGUUGGCUACCCUGACGAGAUUAUGGAUGAUAGAAAAUUGGAAGAAUACUUUCAAGGACUCAAUAUAACUAAAGAUAAUUUCCUGAAAAAUGUUAUAAAUCGAAAAAUAUUUACCGGAAAGAAAGACUUUGAUUUUUAUCAUAAGCCACAAAACUCAAUUGGGUUUCUGGACUAUUUUUACAAUCUUGUUUUAUUUGAUGCUGAUUCUUUUUUCAAUACUCAUACAAAAAAAAUCGUUUUAGGUAUCGAAUUGCUGAGGAAUUUGUACUUCAGUAUUCAUCGCCCGAAUUAUUUAAAUAUUGCCGUACUCGGAGACAAACUUGCUCACGAAAUAGGGCAUUCUAUUGACUACUCUUACGAAGGUGAUUCCAAUUCCAAAGUAAACGAUAGCGAAUGGAGUGAAUCGUCAAAGCAAGUGUAUCGUGAUACACGAAAGUGUAUUGCGCAGCAGUACAGCAAUUAUUCUCGAAAAAUGAAUGGUGAAUUCUAUCUUGAUGAAAAUAUUGCUGACAAUAUUGGUGUCCAAAUUGCUUAUUCGGCCUAUCAAGAUUGGGUCAAAACACAUGGACCGCAACCAACUUUUUCUAGCUUGCCGUACAACUCAAAUCAAUUGUUUUGGCUAUCAUUCGCUAAUCUAUGGUGCACACCGAAAUCGAAAUUACAAAACUGGCGUUCAACCAAUGUGCAUCCUCCGCAUCAUCAUCGUGUUAUUAUGCCGCUUUUUAACAGUCCAGAAUUUUCAAAAGAUUUCAAUUGUCCCUUGGGAUCUAACAUGAAUCCAGUAAAAAAAUGUAUUGUGUUUUAAUUGAAAUUAUCAACUACUUUCCUUCACUCGUUUUGGAAAUCGUUAACUUUCCGGACUAUUUUACUAGAUACUUAAUUUGCUUCAACUGCUGACAAGCUUUUAUUCAAAAUCGUUAAUAAAAAAAAUAAAAUACAACAUAUGC